AAAUUGUAACUAUAAAUCACAAAUUUUAACAUAUAACAGUAAGAUAGACUUAAUACAUUAAACAUUAUGGCUGACAGUGAUGAUGAGUAUGACCGUAAAAGGCGCGAUAAAUUUCGUGGCGAAAGAGGGACUGCUGAAGGAAGCAGUUAUCGAAGUAGCGAUCGCAGAGAAGAGAGGAGCCGUGGUCGAGAAGAAUGGUCAGAAAGAUCUCGAGGAGGUCGUUCUGGUCCUGACUACAGAGACUACAGGGGAGGAGCGAGUGCCAGCCGCGGGUAUUCUCCUAUAAGAGGAGAAGGACCACCAAGUAAGAGAAUCAGACCUGACUGGCCAAUAGAUGAUAGAAGAUAUGGAGGUAUGCCUCAUGAUGCAUACGGUUCCUAUGGCUGGGGUCAUGAUCACUUUGGCCCACAUCCAGCACACCAGGGUUAUGGACAACCAAUGCCACCUGUACCGGCAAGAGAUGCAGUUUUACCGAUGGGGCCUUCAGAUGGUCCUCCCACGAUGAUGUCUUUCAAAGCCUUCCUGGCUGCACAAGAUGACUCUAUCACAGUAGAUGAUUCUAUUCAGAAGUAUAAUGAAUACAAAUUGGAGUUCAGGAGACAACAGCUCAAUGAAUUCUUUGUUGCCCAUAAAGAUGAAGAAUGGUUCAAGAUCAAAUAUCAUCCAGAGGAAUCUGUAAAACGUAAAAAUGAGCAGUUGGCAGCAUUGAAGAACAGAUUAAAUGUGUUCCUGGAGUUAUUGGAGCAAGGGGAACUAGACAAAGUGACAGUUGAUGUGGACAAGUCUGAAAAAUUAGUGAGACUGCUUGAUACGGUGGUCAUCAAGUUGGAAGGUGGCACCGAAGAAGACUUGAAGGCACUUGAUGACCCGCAACCGCAGGAAAAUUCAACUACUACUGAGAAACAACCAGAAAAAAUCAAUACAGAGAAGCCAGUUGUAAUUGAUGUUGAUGAAGUUAAAGUUAAGGAAGAGAAAGAAAAACCAGAGGAAGAUAAGGACAAGAAAGCAGAGUCUCCCAAGCCAACUGCACCACUCACUAUGGAGAUAGAUCCCCACUUGCGUCAACUUCAGGAACAGGCCAAGAUGUUUUCGAGGUUCAAUUCCCAACCCGGCAGCGACAACGAAGCAGAAAAACCACCAGAGAAGGAACCUCCUCCACCGGCCGUGUCAUCUUCUAGUUCAUCAUCAUCUAGUUCCUCUUCGUCUAGUUCAGAAGACGAGGGUGAAUCCGCCACUCGAAGGAAAUCUAAAUCUAAGUCCAAGACCCCCGACAAGUCCCCGAAACGGAAGGAAAAGUCCCCAAGUGUAGAAAGAAUUGAGGAGGAACCCAAAGCCGCUCAGGACAAAGAAAAGACGGAAGAAGAAAAGUCAGAAGGCACAAAUGAUGUUAUUGUAGAGAAAAAGGAGUCUCGAGCUUUGCACAAAACUACUUCGAUAUUUUUGAGAAAUUUGGCGCCUUCUAUAGCUAAAGCGGAAGUUGAGGCUAUGUGCAAGCGGUACGGCGGGUUCCUGCGCGUGGCGCUCGCGGACCCGCUGCCCGAGCGGCGCUGGUUCCGGCGCGGCUGGGUCACCUUCCGCCGUGAGGUCAACAUUAAAGACAUCUGCUGGAACCUCAAUAACAUACGCCUGCGCGAGUGUGAAUUGGGCGCGAUAGUGAACAGAGACCUGCAGCGGCGCAUCCGCGCGGUGUCGGGGGUGACGCUGGAGCGGCCAGUGCUGCGCGCCGACGCACGUCUCGCCGCACGACUUGCGCAUCUCCUUGACACGCGCACACAUCUCUGGCAGACCGACAACGACGCUGACAACACUGAACAAACAUCGCCUGACAACUUCAGUCUUAACUCGAAGAAUCCAGUGCUGCAUAAGAUAACGGAGCAUCUGAUCGAGGAAGCGUCCACAGAGGAGGAGGAAUUACUUGGGUUAGAAGCGUCUUCAGAACCCAGUACUACGGAGCAACCUGAUCCAGAUUUGAUUCGCGUUUUGGACCGCCUCGUCCUGUAUUUACGCAUCGUCCACUCUGUAGAUUACUACAACCAUUGCGAGUACCCUUAUGAGGAUGAAAUGCCCAACCGCUGCGGUAUCAUGCACGCGCGCUCUGGUCCACCACCUAAUAAGCCAACGCAACAAGAAAUACAAGACUAUAUCAAAUCAUUUGAAAGCAAAAUGUCUUCAUUCUUGCAAGACGCUAAACCAUUAUCUGAUGAAGAGUUGCAGAAACUGGGGAUAAAGGACCCUGAUGCAGAAGUAGAGAAAUUUAUCCAAGCUAACACUCAAGAGUUGUCGAAGGACAAAUGGUUGUGCCCUCUUAGCGGUAAAAAGUUUAAAGGUCCAGAUUUUAUUCGAAAACACAUAUUCAACAAGCAUGCUGAAAAGGUGGACGAGGUGCGCCGCGAGGUGGCGUACUUCAACGCGUACGUGCGGGACGUGCGCCGCCCGCAGCAGCCCGAGCCGCCGGCGCGUGCGCAGCCCGCCUCCCACCACCCGCACUCCGCGCACGCCCCGCCCCCCGCACCGUACGUACACACGUACGGCGGAGGUCCGGGCGGUGGCGGCGCGGGGGCACGCGGCUGGGGCUGGGGCGGCUGGGCCCCGCCCGCGCCCUACGCACCACGACAUCCGCGCUUCUCACGACCCAGGGGUGAGGCCGCGGAGUUCCGCCCGGUCGUUCACUACCGAGACUUGGACGCGCCGCGCGAACCUGACGACUUCAUUUAACACAACAAUACUUUAACAAGAUACGUUUGUCCCGUAAACUUAUCAUCAGAAAUAAAAAUACACUAGUUUUGCACACAUUAAUUAUUGAAUUACAAAUUGAUAUAAGAAUAA